CUUCUGCGUCCUGCGCCGCCCUGCUCUGUGACCAACACUGCCUCUUGAGUGCUGACGGCGGGCCCUCCUGUGGCUGCAGGGAGGGAUACGUCCUUGUCAGGACCACACACUGCCAUCCCACCUGUGCUGUUGGCAACGGUGGGUGUCAACACAAGUGCCAGCAGGGGCCCACCGCCCCCUCCUGCACCUGUCAUCCCCAGUACCUCCUCGCCGCUGACGGACACUCCUGUAUCCCGUCGUGCGCCAUCAACAAUGGCGGGUGUGAGCGUUCCUGUCACAACACAGCCACAGGUGUCCACUGCUCCUGUCCCAGGGGCUUCCACCUCCACCACGACCAACGCACCUGUCUUGACGUAGACGAGUGUUCUGGGAAUGGAAGUGGGUGUGAGCAUCGCUGCAUCAACAACCACGGCAGCUACGAGUGUGUGUGUCCCACGGGAUUCAAGCUGCAGCCAGACGAGCGCUCGUGCCAAGAUGUGAAUGAGUGUGCAGUGGACGGGACGUGCGAACACUUCUGCACGAAUACUCCAGGCUCGUACCACUGCUCGUGUGAUGUCGGCUACCAGUUGUUUGCUUGGACCCACUGUGGAGAUAUGAAUGAGUGUAGCAUCAACAACGGUGGAUGUAGCCAGAUUUGUGUCAACACGGAUGGUUCGUAUUACUGCGGGUGUAGGGACGGCUACAGCCUUCAUGCCAACAGGAAGGACUGCCUUCCCACUAACAAAUGCACUCCCUUCAGGAACCCAACCAAGGCUGAGGUGUCAUGUUACCAUCUAGAAGACUACAGCUAUGAGGAGAGGUGCACAGUGAGGUGUCGUGAGGGGGCUGCCUUCACGUCUGGGUCUGCCAACUACUACGUGUUUACCUGUGGUCGACAUACAGACUUCACCUGGAGAGCUGACCCUGAUGUUCUCAAUACCUCUUAUCUCUCCUGCUCAGACAUGUGGGUAACCCCAGGUUACAAACGGCUGGCACGCCUCAUGGUCGCCACCAGGCUGGAUGACAACACCACGGUGGAAAGUGUGCUCAAUGGACUCACCCAGGCCCUCACAGAGAAGAUGAGUUAUUGCAGUGACAAGUGCCAGCUGAGGUUUGUCUCGGAGAAGCUCACCAACUCCAAGAAACUUAAGAAGAAACUCCACUUGGCUCCUGAUCAGCAGGUGGUGCGUACCAAGUUUGAAGUCGUGGUCUUCCCGACAAGUCCUCGUCAAUUGUGUGGACGGAAGUGCCUGAAGCGCUAUGCCCGCCGGCUCAAGAAGACGCUCCUCGAGCAUCAGUCCAUCAGCAGCGUGACAGGUCACGAAUACCAGCUGCUGCCUAGGACGUACAAAGCAGGAGGACGAGUAAAGGAGACAUGUCCAGAAGGGUUUGUUCAUGUGGGGAGAAAGUGUGUGGCAUGCAGUUUAGGGUCAUACCAUGACGUGGAGAAGGGUGUGUGUGUGGCAUGCCCGGCCAGUACCUAUCAACCCAAUGAGGCGAAGCUCAAGUGCCUUUCUUGCCCCGUUGAUGACCUGCCACAAGCUCCAUACAAGACUGGCGCCAGGAACCUUUCUCAAUGUUCUGAUGUAUGUCCAGCUGGCUCCUGGAGUGCUGAUGGCUUUAGUCCAUGCCAGCCAUGUUCUUCAGGCAGCUACCAGGAGGACAGUGGUCGUGUUAGUUGCUCUUCUUGCCUCCCCAGCAGCACCUCCCCACCAGGAGCCACCUCAUUCUUCCAGUGUCUGUCUCAUGGAGAGACGUGUGAUCGUGGCCACUACUGGAACCUGACUAGUGGCCAGUGUGAGAGCUGCCCUCUGGGAUACUACCAGCACAAUACUGGUGCCUCAUCUUGUAUACAGUGUCCUGGUUCCUCCACCACAGACCACAUAGCUUCCACCUCGCUAGCUGCCUGCAAGAGGCAUGCAUGUGGAGGGUACGUGGGUGAGCUUUCCGGAGUAUUUGAGACGCCAAACUACCCUGGCGACUACCCUGAUAAUGCCCGCUGCACCUGGGUAGUCAAGCCUGCAAAAGGUCGCCGGGUGCUGGUCGUUGUGCCAGAAAUACAGCUCAGCCAUGAUCAGUGCGGUGACUACUUGGUACUCAGAAAAUCAAAGUCGGCCUACAGUGCCGUGACCUUUGAGACCUGCUCCAGUGUGGACCGGCCUGUGGUCUUCACGUCUCGCUCACGUCGCCUCUGGGUCCACUUCCGCAGUGAUUCUAACAACACCAACAAGGGUUUCAGAAUUCAGUUUGUUACCUAUAAUAAAGAAUAUCACAAACUAAUCAAGACAAUUGUAAGAGACAACCGCCUCUAUUCUCUUCACAACCACUUAGCCAUAUUAAGGGAUCGUGAGCUGCUGCCACGUCUGCUGGAAGUUGUGGCAGAACCCAUCAAGUACUAUGAAUAUGCUACGGAAAAAGAUAAGCUUUUUCCCUCUUCUUUCAUAAGGUUGCUGACGCCCAAAGUACGUAGGUUCUUUUCAUAUAGGCGGAGAAGAAAAUGAUCAUCAUCAUCUAUGAUAGACCUGGAAAUAGAACUUUGCUCAAGAAGCAGCAUGGUAAUUAUCUGAGGAUACAUUAUCUUCCAAGUCCUUUUACAAGAAGAAUUGUUAAAGUAACUGCAGGAAAUAAUGUGAACUGUUGAAUGAUAAAUGAAAUUGGAAUUCUCUUAUCAAUAACUUGCAAGUUUGUAAAAUGCUCUCUGCUUGAGGGUCUUACCACAACAGCUCGGAACAUAAUAAAAGUGUAGAUUUACAUUAAUUACUUCAUUAUUUUAUAAAAGAAUUUAAAUAUAUAUAAUCUUGAUUAUUAAUCCCAUAAAGAAUGAACAAUUUUGCAUGAAUUAAAUUUAUUUUAUGAUAAUUGUGAAGAAAACUGUGUAAACCAAUGAAAAAUAUCCUACUGCAGCCAAAUACUAAUUUCCCUUUUACAACCAUGUGAAUGUUAUACCAAAUAAACAUGUUAUGUAAAGCAGAUAUGCACAGUAUGGAAUAGUGUGUGGUGGAAUGUUGCGUACAGAUGCUGUACACACAGGACCAGUUUGUCUUCUGAAGUCAUUGAAGCAAGAUUAGCAUUCACCCUUAAAAUAUAUCUGAAAAACGCUCAUCAAAGUAUGUAAUUGCAUAAAUAUUGCACAAACCAUUGGUAUCUUUAUGUUGAUGUUACUCUUACCUUACCUUACUCUGAAUUGACGUGAUUACCAGGCUUGGAGACUAUGAAGCAACUAGCAG